UAAGCAACUUUUAAAUAAAAAUAGUCCAUCAAUUGAACGUUGACAAGUGCUAAAACUUUUUCCCGCCGUUAAGCGAAAGUGAGAUUUUAAACUGUGGUUAACAAUGUUAUCGACGGAAGAUUUAGAAAGGCUAAUUGCGGCAAAACGGCGUGAGAUACAGCAGGAGAAAUCCGCUCUGGGUCUUUCGCCGCCUCCUGCUGAUGAUGUUUCAAACAAAGAGAAUGAAUUGAAGACUGAUAGAAGAGUGAGAUUCAAUAGACCAAGAGCUCUGUCCGAAAAUAAUGUGCCUCGAGAUGAUAGUGAAACACAGAACAAAGAAGAGUCAUUCGGAGACGUAAAAGAAGAAAUCUCACCCGACUUAGAAAGAUAUAUACGGCGUUACUUAGGUCUUCCAGUGAUGUUGAAAGCGGGCGAGUAUUCUCCCAAUAAUCCGCUCAUACGCGGUGAGAGGACGUCAGGGGACGUCCUACUCGGGUUAGGCGAGUAUGAGCGGAGACGAAACACGCUGAGGAAGAUGAGGCAGCGGCAGUAUAAAGAGUAUCUCGACCAGCAAGCAAAAAUAAAACAAGAAGCGAAAGAGAAGGCAGAACGUGAAAGGAAGGAGAGGGAAGAGAAAGAGAGACUUAGAGAAGAGAGGGAGAGGGAGAGAGUAGAGUUAGAGCGGGAGAACAGUCCCGAGAGGCGGAGUCACAGCGUCAGUCACAGUUUCGUCUCAGGCGCUAACAAUACGUAUAUAACAAAAGUCGACACGGGUGUUCAAGUGGACCACAGAAGUACUCCUUUGUCAGUGGCGGUGCAGACAGAUGAUGAUCAGAUGUUUAGACUUCCUCCAACGCUGGGCCAGAAAUUACUAACACAGGCUGAGAGAGAGUUGUCCCCGCGAACUGUAGACAAAGACGCGCCCGCGUGGGCGUGGGCGUGGGACCGGCAUGAGAGGAGGAAGAGCUAUGGAGACGAGCGUCCAGUAAUGAGACAAACGGCGCGAGAGAGACUAACGUCAGAGUUGCGACACUCCUACAUGCCGUCCAUAUUUGAUUCUGAGGCUAUCCGGAUGAGGAACGAAAGAGCAGAAAAGGAAGCAGCCGAGCGUCGUCUAUACUACCAGCAGGAACUAAAGAAUCAGAUUGUCGAACAACAGAGGAUAAGAGAAGAGAGAAAAACCAGGGAAAAAAUGUUAGAGCAGGCUGAAAUGAGACGAUUAGAGGAACAACUGCGUUCAUUAAAAACAGCGCAAGAGAUGGAAAUAGAGCGGCAACACGACAUCACCACCGCUAUGAAUGACAGUGCAGUAGACUAUGCCAAAAAGCGAGAAAAGCUGCAGAAAGAAAUAGAUUUGGAACACGAAGCAUUACUAAAAGCCGCGAUACAUCCCAAACGAACGCAUACAUCAAAAAGCGAAUCUCCAAAACACUCGAACAUCCCUUUUUUCUACCCGGAAAAGAUAGAAAAACCUCCCUAUUCCACAAAUAUACCAGACAACUCAAUAUUCUCACCAGACUACGACGUCGAAACGUACUUGAGGAGAAACCUUAAUCCGAACAAAGCAACUCUCCUAUCUAAUAAAAUAGAUAACUCGGAAAUAGAAAGAAAACUAGAUUCGGAAAAAAAUGUCAUCAUAGAAAAGGCGGUAGUUCACGAAAUUCCAAAAGAUUUGAGGAAAAACGUUUUAGAAAAUUUGGAUAAGGAUACUCUACCUAUACCUGUGCUAAGGCAUUCGCCUAAAAGGCAGGUCAGUGAGGAGACUCCAUCAAAUUUAAGUGAAAAAAUGCAAAUUGUGGAUAAUAAGUGGCGGGUUCCAGCGGUACAGAAGAAUAUAUUAAAAUCUUUACCGAACGAAAAAGGUAAAAAUGUAAGCAUUUUGACACAAUUAGGUUCGAUACGACGACAGUUGCAACUAGAACAACUAAAGUUAGACAAAAUGAUGUCUAAAAACAAUAAUUAAACUAUUUUCCUAAUAUAGUCAGAUUGAUGAAACUUGAAUAUAUAAAU